AUGCUCCCUGUGGAGGUGCCCCCACUCCACCUGGAUCCCUCAGUGCUGCUGCUGCUGCAGUUGCUGGUGCCCCCCACAUCUGCCUUCUUUCCCAACUUCUGGAGCCUCCUGGCUGCCCCCCGCUCCAUCACCCACCAGGACCUGACAGAGGAGGCAGCGCUUAAUGUCACUCUGCAGCUUUUCCUGGAGCAGCCACCCCCUGGCCGGCCACCCCUUCAUCUGGAGGACUUCCUGGGCCGCACCCUUCUUGCCGAUGACCUCUUUGCUGCCUACUUUGGGUCUGGAUUUCCUUCCCGGCGGUUCCGAGCAGCCUUAGGUGAGGUGUCUCGUGCCAAUGCAGCUCAGGACUUCCUGCCAACUUCCAAGAAUGACCCUGACCUGCACUUUGAUGCUGAGAGGCUGGACCAGGGUCGCACACGCCUGGUGACAGCUCUAAGGGAGACCCUGGUGGCAUCCAGAGCCCUUGAUCACACCUUGUCCCGGCAGCGUCUUGGGGCUGCCCUUCAUACCUUGCAGGAUUUCUACAGCCACAGCAACUGGGUGGAACUGGGGAAGGAGCAGCCACACCCUCACCUCUUAUGGCCAAGGCAGGAGCUCCAAAGCCUGGCACAAGCAAGUGACCCUACCUGCUCCAAUUGUGAGCAGCUAAGCUGCCUUGGGAAUUUGCUGGACUUCCGGCUCCUCACCUCUGGCUACUUUGGAACACAUCCACCCAAACCUCCAGGGAAAUGUAGCCAUGGGGGCCAUUUUGACCGGAGCAGUGCACAGCCACCCCGGGGAGGCAUCAACAAGGAUAGCACAUCCCCAGGCUUCUCUCCCCACCAUGAGCUGCACCUCCAGGCUGCAAAACUGGCCCUUUUGGCCUCCAUCCAGGCUUUCAGUCUCCUGCGAAGCCGCCUGGGAGACAGAGAUUUUUCCAGGCUGCUAGAUAUCACCCCAGCCUCCAGCCUGAGCUUUGUCCUGGACACCACGGGCAGUAUGGGUGAAGAGAUCAAUGCUGCCAAAAUCCAGGCUCGCCACAUUGUGGAGCAGCGUCGAGGCAGCCCUAUGGAGCCUAUGCACUAUGUUCUGGUGCCUUUCCAUGACCCAGGAUUUGGCCCUGUCUUUACAACCAGUGACCCAGACAGUUUCUGGCAAGAACUCAAUGAGAUCCAUGCCUUGGGAGGUGGAGACGAGCCUGAGAUGUGCCUGUCAGCUGUGGAGCUGGCCCUGCUGCACACACCUCCACUCUCAGACAUCUUUGUCUUCACUGAUGCCUCCCCUAAGGAUGCGCUUCUCACCAAUCGGGUGGAAUCUUUGACUCAGGAGCGACGCUGCAGAGUGACGUUCCUAGUGACUGAAGAUCCAUCGAGGGUUAACAUUCGGGCCCGGCGUGAGGUCUUGUCCCCUCUGCGUUUUCAACCAUAUGAGUCGAUAGCCCUAGCCUCAGGAGGAGAGGUGAUCUUCACCAAAGACCAGCACAUUCAGGAUGUGGCAGCCAUAGUUGGGGAGAGCAUGGCUGACCUGGUGACCCUUCCCCUGGAGCCCCCUGUUGUGGUGCCUGGGAGGCUGCUUAUAUUCAGUGUGGAUGAGCUGCUACAGAGGAUUACAGUCCGGAUCCAUGGGGAGAUCAGCAGUUUCUGGAUCAGGAAUCCUGCAGGGGUCUCCCAGGACCAGGAGGAAGGUGAGGGACCCUUAGGUCACACUCGACGCUUUGGGCAGUUCUGGAUAGUGACUAUGAAUGACCCCCCACAGACAGGGACCUGGGAGAUCCAGGUUACAGCUGAGGGCACCCCCCGGGUGAGAGUACAAGCUCACACCUCCCUGGACUUCCUCUUCUACUUUGGGAUCUCAGUGGAGGAUGUGCCCCACCCUGGCCUCUACCCCUUGACUCAGCCAGUUGCAGGUCUCCAGACCCAGCUGCUGGUAGAGGUGACAGGUACUGGCAACUCUGGUAAUCAUGGGCCGCAUUUCUCCCACGUCAUCCUUCGAGGGGUCCCGGCGGGCGACGAGCUGGGCCGGGUGCCCUUGGAGCCCACGGGGCCCCGGGAGCGAGGUUUCCUCGCAGCGUCGCUGCCGCCCACGCUGCUGUCCACGCCUGGACCCUUCUCUCUGGAACUGAUUGGCCAGGACAGAGCGGGGCAGGGCCUGCACAGGGCAGCCCUCCAACCCUGCACUGUGGCCCCUGUGCUUCUGGAGCUCAGUGGCCCCCCUCAUUUCCUGACGCCGGGCAGCAAGGCCCCACUCAGCCUCCAUAUCGCCAGCUUCUCAGGCCCUCAGGAUCUCUACCUAAGGACAUCAGUGAACCCCAACUUCCCCCUCACCUCUAAUCUCUCCAGGGUUCAUCUGGGACAGAAUGAGUCUGCCUGGGGUCGCCUGUGGCUAGAGGUCCCAGAUUCAGCUGCCCCGGACUCAGUGGUGAUGGUGACAGUAAGUGCAGCAGGUCGAGAAGCCAGCUCAAUGCCCCCGACCCAUGCCUUCCUCCGGCUCCUGGUGCUGGCCCCAGCCCCACAGGACCAGUUCGCUGCCUCUACCCGCUCAUCCAGCCCUGUCAGCACCACUGCCUCCAGCCCUACUUUUAGCCCCUCCACUUUGGUGACUCCCAGCAGGGCUGGGGGAAGGAUGACUGACAGCCCUUGGUGGGGCACAGUUGGAGGGGUGCUGCUUCUGUUUGGCCUGGCCUCCUGGUAA